AUGGAGGCGGAGGUUGACGACGCCGCUUGUCGAGCCGAGAUCCCGCCCAUGCUGUCGCAGGAGGAGCGAGACGCGUUGGCGUACACGCCGCGAUGUCAGCAGCGGUGGGGCGAGCGGCCGGACGAAGGCGCCGCGCCGCCGCCCACGGCGGAAGACAUCGAGGAGUUCCUCAAGGAGUUCGCGUGGCUCAAGGAGACGGAGCUGGCGCUGCAGUGCCUUUUUGAGGGCGAGUUCGACGUGCCCAAGGCCGUGGGAUUACUUCAUGCUGCUCGUCGACAACGGUACAAAGCGCGACGCGAUCGGGACGAGCGGCUGCCGUCCGAAGAGUUUAAAGAUGCCGUUGCAGCGCACGGCAAGAAGUUCCACCUCGUAAAGAAGGCACUGGGGGAAAAGGUGAUAACCCGCGAGGUCGUGAGCAAAUAUUACCUGUGGAAGCGCACGCCGGAGUUCAGAGAGUGGCGACUACGCCAGACGGUGAAGAAGACCAAGAAGAAAAAGAAGGAGGCCGAGCUGCUGCGUCAAUGGGGCGACGAAUCGGAUGAAGACUCGGAGACGAAGGCCUUUUUGGGCUACCACCACGAGCGCUGUGAGCUGUGUGCGACGGGAGGGAAGUUGCUCUGCUGCGAUGGCUGUGCUCGUGCCUACCACUUCAGCUGCGUCCAGCCGCCGAUCACUAAAAUACCCCGCCAAGAUGAAGACUGGUUUUGCGCGCACUGUCAGAAGGCGUUUGGUGGUCCAACGCCGAAGUUGGUGCCGAACGAGUACGGUUAUGCUACCGCUCCACUCCUUGGUGUCGCGCGCUCGUUGAGUGAGGCGAUCACGGACGUCAGCAGCUACGAGGACGAAGACGAAGACGAUGAGGACGACAACUCGGAUGAUGAGGGAGACGACGACGAAGGUGGUGCUGGAUCGGAAUCAAACGACGAGUUGGCGAGCGAGCACAGUAGUAACACGUCAGAUCGCCCCAGCACGGAAGAGUUGAGCUCGAACGCCGGAUAUUCUGGAAGCCAUACAGACAACGAGUCGGAUAGUACCGGUAUCAAAGCUCCGUCAUCUUCACCUGGAGCUCGAAGCAGUGGGCUGGCAAAACAAUCAAGUUCUGCAGAGGGAGGAUCGCCAGCGCAACAGCAGCAGCAGGUCAGAGAAGAAAUCAAGCCCACUGGGCCGUCGAGUGACUCAUCUCACGCUCACGCGGCAACGAGCAGGUCCGUGGCGCAUUCUGUCAAGUCGUCUCCAGCUGGCGUAAAGACACUUCCGCCCGUGCAGCCGGAGAGGCCGGGCUCGGGCAGGAAGCGUCAGCGGAAGAUGCAGGCACCGCGUCGUAUCCCGCCAUCCCGAUUCGACAGCUGAAUCCUGGCAUCAAGUGUUUUUGUUGUCCCUUCUCGUUUUAUUUUUAUUUUUCGUUUGCCGUAAUUCAUGGAGACUUCACUAGC